UUUUCGGAUUCAGUUCUACGGAUUUUAGACUUUCUUCUAGACUUUCCUUUAAUAUAUUUUUGUCAUUUUUCUUAUUGAGGAUAACAGCACCAUAUUUAAUUUUUUUAAUAAAAUCACUAAAAAAUAAAUCAAAGGGAAUUUCAACAUUCUUCUCUUUAUCAACUUUAUCUAAAACAGCCGUUGGCUUUUCAUUAGCAGUUUUAAUGCCCAAAAUUUUUGCGUCACAUAUCAAAAACGAUUUUUCAUUUUCUUUCACUUCUUCCUGUACAUAUUCUGAUAAAACGAUUAAACGCUCAUUUAACGAACUUUUCAAAUUUUUGAUGUGUAAAAUUUUGCCUAGAUUAGUCUUUAAUUCAUUUUUAUAUACUUUUUCAGAUUCAGUGCCCAAAAUAUAG